GUCCGCAAAAACCUCAACUUUCUUCCAGAAAAACCUCUCUUCCCUGCAGUUCAUGGAUGUCAAAGGAGCAACAUGUUCAACUGGCUAUGGCCAGCCACCACCAUGGAUGUUCAAAGGAAGUGCCUUGUACCAACUACAUCUUGUAAAAGCUGAAAUUGCUCGAGUAUUCAUACCUAAGGAGUUCAAAUUAGUUGAAGCUUUUGGAUACACCCUUGGUGGUUUUUUCCUUGCUAAAUAUGAUGACAGUCCAGCUGGGGCCUUUGAUGAGGCUUGUGUACUCUUAUUUUGAUUUUAUGAUUUGGAAAGCUGUUGAAUCAGUGUCAAAUUAUCUGUCUGUUUUGCCAGCUUGUGGUGUUAGCAGGACUUAUUAAAGAUGCUGGUCCUCCCACAUCAUCUUGCGCAUGGGCUGCCAGGGUUUUUGUGAACAGUGAAGAAGCUUGUGAUCAUGGAAGAAAGGUCAGAAUUUUGCAGAACUUCAAGUACAAAUAUGGAUAUUUGAAAGUUUCACAUGUUAAAUUUUUGAAUAACAUGGGAAACUAUGCAAACGAAGUCUAGUUAGUUUAUUCCAAUAUGAAUCCAUGUAAUAAUAUCCCUUGCCAGCUUCCUAGUAGCACUUUAGCCACCCUUGGCCAGUUGGCUCCCAAGGUUCUCAUGAUUGGACAAUGGGAUGUUGCAUAUGAGGGUCGCGCUAUAUUGUCACUGAACCUAAGGAAUUAGAAAUGAUAUGCUCUUCCUAUCCUUCUACAACUAUACUUUUAGAACUGGUGAACUUAACAGAUUUUCUGCUACAGCAUGUAGGGCUUCCAAGUCAGGUGGCUAGAUUUUCUGAGGUACUAUUGCCUGACUUUAAUGACUUCCACAUGGUGUCUUUCAAGGAAAUCAAAAUUUUUAGCUUCUUCACUACAUUUAAGUUCAGGUGUUCAUAUUUAUGUUUCUUCAUUGGCUCAUGCUAUGUAUUUUGCACUCUAAUUUCCUCAAAGCAAAACAUUGGCACUGCAAGUUCAUCAGCAGUACAAAUUUUUUUACCACAAAGGAACAUUUUCGUCUUUGUAUGCAUGUUCUGUUUGGAACAGAAAAUUACAGCAGCUCCAAAGCAGCCAAAGGGGUUCAGCAGCUUUCUAAACAUGAUGGGUAUCGGUACAACUCUCCAACAUACAAAGCAGUGUAUGGAUGUUCAGGUGACAGAAGUUGUGGGUGCAGCUGCAGCAGAUUUCUGUAACAUCAAACUUGCAACUGGGGUCCCUGAAGUGAAACACGGCAAAUGGAUGGGACCAGCAAUCACUUUGUCACUCCCAAGUUUUAGUGGCCACACAGAGUAUAAUCCGCUCCUAUUGAAGUAUUCUUGCGAGAUUGAAUGCAGAGUGAGACCAGUGGAACCGGCAAAAGUUCUAGGUCCAUUUCCAGCUCCAGAAAAAAGUGGUAAACAAUCAAGGAGACAUAUUGGAAGUGGAACUACAGAUUCUACAGCUGAGGAGCUUGAUGAUAAUGAGAGAAAUCUUAGCAUAUCAGUAUGCUAUCAAAGCCUAUACUAGCUCUGGAGUUUAAUUGCAUGAAAAUGAGAGUUGAAGCCCCAAUUGUAGUUUCCCAUUGCUUUGAAAACUCAUCUGGAGCAUCUUGAGCAUCCUACUUCUUUUGUUGUAUUUUCUAAUAUUCAAUCAAUAAAAAGUUCAUUUAAAUUGCUCGAGUGGCCCAGAUGUAAUGUGUGUUUGUUUCUGCUGAUUUUAUCAGCCUAUAACUUUUUAUUCU